CUGUGGGAGCGUGGGGCGAAAGCUACGGGCUCUGCUCGGCCGCGGACGGCGAGGGAGCGGCAAGGGCCACGCAGGAAGGUGCCUCCCCUCCGCACCCAGCUCCCACCGCGAAGGCGAGAUGGAGGUUGAUAUUUGCAAACCGGAGAUGCUCCAGAAGAAUGCUAUUUUGGUGGAUGGGGUCAUCCUAAAUGGUCCAAUAAUGGACUCAAGAGCAGGAGAGAAGUUUGUGGAAGACGCCUGUAAGAUUAUAAUGGAAGAAGUCAUCCAGAAAGCUGAUGAUGUAACAGAAAAGGUUUGUGAAUGGCAAGACCCUGAAACACUGAAGCAGAUACUUGAUCUGGAAAUGAGGGACACUGGAGAAUCUCAUCAGAAACUGUUGCAGCUCUGCCGGGAUGUUAUACAAUACAGCGUCAAAACCAGUCACCCAAGAUUUUUCAAUCAGCUGUAUGCUGGAAUAGAUUAUUACUCAUUAGUGGCUCGUUUCGUUACAGAAGCACUGAACCCAAGUGUAUAUACAUAUGAAGUAUCCCCUGUGUUUCUGUUGGUGGAAGAAGCAGUCAUCAAGAAAAUGAUUGAGUUCAUAGGCUGGGAAGAAGGUGAUGGUAUAUUUAAUCCAGGUGGCUCUGUUUCUAAUAUGUAUGCUAUGAACUUAGCAAGAUACAAAUUUUGUCCUGAGAUAAAGGAAAAAGGGCUUUCAGGUUUGCCAAGACUAGUCCUGUUCACAUCAGAAGAGUGUCAUUACUCCAUGAAAAAGGCAGCCUCCUUCCUGGGUAUUGGUACAGAGAAUGUUUACCUCAUCAAAACAGAUGAAAGAGGUAAGAUGAUACCUGAGGAACUGGAGAAACAAGUCCAACGGGCCAGGAAAGAGGAGUCAGCACCAUUUCUUGUCUGUGCUACAGCAGGCACAACAGUGCUGGGAGCAUUUGAUCCUCUGGAUAAAAUUGCCGAUAUCUGUGAAAAACAUGGCCUCUGGCUUCAUGUAGACGCUUCUUGGGGUGGCUCGGCUUUGAUAUCAAGGAAGCAUUGCAGACUUCUUCAUGGCAUCCACAGGGCAGAUUCUGUUGCCUGGAAUCCCCACAAAAUGCUGUUGGCAGGAAUCCAGUGCUGUGCUCUUCUGGUGAAAGACAACUCUGGCCUCCUGAAGAAGUGUUACUCUGCCAAGGCUGCCUACCUGUUCCAACAGGACAAGUUCUACGAUGUCAGCUAUGACACGGGUGACAAGUCCAUUCAGUGCAGCAGACGUCCAGAUGCGUUCAAAUUCUGGCUGAUGUGGAAAGCAUUGGGAACCACAGGCCUUGAGGAGAGAGUGAACAGGGCACUGGCUUUGGCUAGAUAUCUAGUUGAGGAAAUUAAGAAAAGAGAGGGAUUCCAGCUUCUUUUGGAGCCCGAGUAUGCAAAUGUUUGCUUUUGGUACAUUCCACCGAGUUUAAGAAAAAUGGAGGAUGGACCUGAAUUUUGGCAGAAGCUACACCAGGUUGCUCCUAUAAUUAAAGAAAGGAUGAUGAAGAAGGGCAGCAUGAUGCUUGGGUACCAGCCUCACCAGGGCAAAGUCAACUUCUUCCGUCAGGUGGUGAUCAGCCCGCAAGUUAGUCGAGAGGACAUGGACUUCCUGCUGGAUGAAAUUGAACUGCUUGCUAAGGACUUGUAG